AUGCUGGUGUGCUUAAUGUGACUCCCAUCAUGCAUCUGAUACUGGACUUACCCCUCCUGCUGCUGCUGAGCGUCACACUGGUUCAGCGCUGUUCCACAAAGGCAUCAAUUACUGAGACCUGUCAUGAGAUUGAUAACAACAUUGACAAGAACUACUUAUCUGUAUCAUCCAGAAUUGAACAAGCUAACAAAAAUGCUGGAAAGUCAAACAGAGGCUUCACUAUUGUGGACGGAGACAUAGCUGUGAACACCGGUCUCCAGAAUGCAGAUCAGUGUACAUCUAAAACAUGCAAGUGGCCGAGGAAAAGCAAUGGGAAGGUUUAUGUGCCCUAUGUCCUUAACUGGCAAUACACCCCCUCGGAAAAACAUAUUAUUGAAUCUGGUCUAAAAUCCUUCACAAACCUGACCUGCAUCCAAUUCGUACCUCACAAAAAUGAAAAAGACUUUAUUCAUAUAAUGCCAAACAAGGGGUGCUACUCUCAUGUGGGACGUCAAGGUGGAGAGCAGAGAUUGUCUCUAAAAAGCAACUUGUGUAUUGACUUUGGAGUCGUCCAACAUGAGCUUCUUCAUGCUCUGGGUUUUCACCAUGAACACUCUCGUAGUGACCGUGACAAGCAUGUCAAAAUCCUUUAUGAAAAUAUUGAACCUGAAGCAGAAGAUAAUUUUCAGAAAUACGUUACCAACAAUUUGAAUACAUCCUAUGAUUACAAUUCUGUAAUGCACUAUGUAAGAGAUGCUUUCUCCAAGAACGGAAAGCCCACCAUUGUCCCUAUACCACGCAGUGACGUUCCCAUUGGACUUGCCAAAGAGAUGAGCAAGAAUGAUAUUCUGCGUGUUAAGAGGCUCUACUGCCAUUAAAUCACUUCCUCUUGACAUUACCAGAUGAUUCACAUUGCUUUUGCAGGCUGUUUGAAGAAAAUUAACUAUUUUGAUAUUUUUCUUCUAUUUUAAGAUGUUCUACAAAUCAUAUGAUGUAUGAACAGCCAUCUUGGCACAUUGUGCUUAGCCUUUUUCUGCUCUCUAAUAUUUCAAAGCUUUCUUUGUUCUCCUGUAACUGAAUACAGUGGAACCUUGGAUUACGAGCAUAAU